AUGCUGGCUCGGCACCGGAGUUUCGUAAUUCAUUGGGAAGUUCUGUUCGCUUGGUCGGUAUUUGGCGCGAAGCCAGUGGUUGAAGUUCCGGAGAAUGAUGAAGACUUAUACAACAAAACCGCAGACGAGGUCGCCAGUGAUUUGGCUCACCGGGAUCUCAUCAUUAAACACGGUCUGCUCAGCGAGCUGACGGAUUCUGCAUCACCCGUGGAUGACGCUGUAUGCAAGAAGGCUCUUACUGUGGACGAAUAUAUCGCCGCUUCUACGCCACUUUCACGUCUCAAAUCGGUGUUUUGCUCGGAUGUAAUAGAAAAGGAGACUGAGCUCGGUAAAGCUGGCUCGAGGGCACUACGGUUGCCUCUGAUCAUCAGUAGCUGCAUCGGAGUGGCCGUCGGGGCUGUACGUCUGGUAUCCGCUGGUGAUGAAUUCGUUCGUUCCAACUAUCUGACCAUUUGGCGCACACCAGAAAUGGCUAAGCGUGCCGCUGCGGACUAUGCUUCGCUGAGGGCUCUUACGCUUGGCUUGACUACCGGUUUCAAAGUCUGUUUUCUAACCACUGGCUGCUACGCCCUCCCACUCGUGCUCAGCACUAUGCACGGAAGGUCGAGCUUUUGGGAAUACGCGGUCGGAUGGGGUGCCACAUGCUCCAUCUACUGCAUGUAUAGAGGCCGCAGGCAAAUGUUUGCAGCUGGUCUGAUCGCAUUCGUCCCCGGACUUAUUUACGGUUGUUUGAAUCUGAUUGCGGUCCGAUACCUGGGCCUUACUUUUGAAGAUUUGUAUCGCGCCCAUUUUUGGUGCGGUCGUCGCAGUCAUCCAUCUGAUAUACGCACAGAUGUAACGUUUGAAUGGGCCGCUUCUUUAUCUGUUUUCUGUGCGCAUAAAUCAUCGCCGCUAUUCGCCCGAUCUUGGACUCCGGCAAUCAAGGAUCUGUGCAACGCCUUUGUUGUUCUGCUUCCAUUCCCCGUGCCCCCAAGUGUAAUAGAAAAGGAGACUGAGCUCGGUAAAGCUGGCUCGAGGGCACUACGGUUGCCUCUAAUCAUCAGUAGCUGCAUCGGAGUGGCCGUCGGGGCUGUACGUCUGGUAUCCGCUGGUGAUGAAUUCGUUCGUUCCAACUAUCUGACCAUUUGGCGCACACCAGAAAUGGCUAAGCGUGCCGCUGCGGACUAUGCUUCGCUGAGGGCUCUUACGCUUGGCUUGACUACCGGUUUCAAAGUCUGUUUUCUAACCACUGGCUGCUACGCCCUCCCACUCGUGCUCAGCACUAUGCACGGAAGGUCGAGCUUUUGGGAAUACGCGGUCGGAUGGGGUGCCACAUGCUCCAUCUACUGCAUGUAUAGAGGUCGCAGGCAAAUGUUUGCAGCUGGUCUGAUCGCAUUCGUCCCCGGACUUAUUUACGGUUGUUUGAAUCUGAUUGCGGUCCGAUACCUGGGCCUUACUUUUGAAGAUUUGUAUCGCGCCCAUGUUAGUACAAUUCUGCAACAUAAAGUAACUUGA